AUGAAGGCAGCUUUGAGAGAUGCUUUAGCUCAUCAGAUGACAGAUCAAGUGGAAGAUCCGUUUCUAGCCUAUCUUUUGAGUACAAAGGUGUCUGAAAACUUGAACGUCCUCAGAAAUGACCUGCUGAAAGAGCAGGUAAUUUUGGAUGGGACGCGAUCAAAUGCUAAUACGAUAGGUGCGUAUCAGAAAAACUGUGCUCAACUUGCGUUCGAGGCUUCAAGUAAAAAACAUGAGACUAUCGAAUUGAUGAAAAGAAAAUACGAUAAUUACCAAGAAAGCUUGAAGAAACGCAGAUAUAGUGUGGACUUCGAUGCAGCAAGUGAUGGUGUCGAUCCUGUUGUAAACCUGGAGGUUUCUGAACCCGAUGGAUUAACGGAUGAAACAGCAGAAUUGAGAAGACGAUUAUUAGGUCAUAGGGUGUCAGAUGCAGAAAGUGGCAUUGGAUCUACGAAGUCAAUCGAUAGGCAAAUCGAGGACCAGGAUAACUUACAGACUACAUUGUUGGAGGAUAUGACCAAUCUAGUGGGAACUUUGAGGCAGAGUGCUUCAGCUUUUCAAAAUGCUCUGGAAGAAGAUAGGAAUGUACUGAGUGCCGCCGAAAUCGGUGUACAGAUUGCCUCUAAGAGUUUAGUGGAUAUUGGAGGUAAGCUAAAAAAAUAUGACAAAAAAAAACUUGGCUAUCUAUUCUAUAUUACUGUUUUCCUAUUCAUGAUAAUAGGAUUGAUACUCACUUUUAUUAUUAUCAGGUUAUUUCCUGCCCUAUAA